CUUAAAAAGCAAAACACGGAAACCUACUUCGCAGACCCUUACGACGCGUACACAGAACUUCGAAGCAAACGUCGUCCAUGCCAAGGAACUGAAGGGGCCUCCAAGACUAGUUAGGCAUGGCUUUUAUCACUGAGAUUGCCAACGAGGCGCAGUGGAAGACGGAGGUGCUCGAAACGCCGGGGACGCUUCAAGUUGUGGAGGUGUUCCAGUCCUGGUGCGGGCCAUGCAAAGCGGUGCAAUCUACGUUUAAGAAGCUUUACUUCGACCUGAACGACCGGCCACUGAAGUUCUACUCGGUGUCGUCGGAACGGCUGUCGUCCCUGAAGGAGUAUGUGGGCAAGUGCAAGCCCAUUUUCCUUUUCUUCAAGGAUGGCAAGCAGGUGGAGAAGAUUGAGGGCGUGAAGGCGCCGCAACUCAACAGGAUCGUGACGGAGUUGUCGGGGAAAAACCCGCCCCCGGCGGCCCCGGCUGCGGCCCCGGCGGCUCCAGCAGCGGAGGCAUCGUAAGCGGCACGCGUGCCUAGCAGCUGCCGUGCGGCAUGUGGCUCUAUGAGGCUGGACGGGUGACGGACUAUGGGCCGGCAGAGCCAGCAAUUGCUGGAGGCGACGAUAUGCAGCCGUGCGACAGCAGCAGCAGGGGCAGCAGCAGCCAUAUGGACAAGCGGGAGGAGUGUCAGUGAGGAGGGGCCUGGGUGGUGUGCUUCGUGCCGUCAGGCCAUAGCUAUCUGACACGCAGAUGCAUGGUGUAAAUGUGGGUGGAUUAGUGAGGACGGUGGGUAUGCAUUAGGGACGGGGUGGCGCUGGCACAAGGAUGGCCAUGCAGCAGCUUCAGAGUAAAGAACGUGUGAUUGCAAGAAUACUGGCGACCGUGGAGAUUUCUAUCCAGCUCGCUCAGAGUCGCGCGGUACACAUACCGGGUGCAAUUGACUUUAAGACAUGGACACAGUCUGACGAGACCACGUAGUGACAGCGCAAGAUGCGCGAUGGACAGGGCUGGCGCCGGUCUGGUGGGUUGUAAGACCUUUGCAAGACUACGCAUGCAGUGCCGCACCGUACGUCCGUGUAUCCUCCCGGCCUCCCCUG